AUGGAGGCCGCAAGCUCCAACAAGGGUUUCUUCCAGAAACAGCCUGUGCUGAAGAAUCAGGUCUAUGAUGAUGUCAGCUAUCAAAGAGUCUUGAAAUUGUUUGUGCCCGAUGAGUUGCAAAAGAAACUGGAAUCCGAGAUCACCCAGCUCGGAGAGGACGUGAUAGCUCCACAGAUAUUCAACUAUAUCACAGAUGCCGAAAGAAACCUCCCUUAUCUGCGUGGCAGUGGUAGGGAUGCUUUUGGCAGGCCAGCCAGCGAGCUUGUCACCAGCGAAGGUUGGCGAAAGCUACAGGAGUUUGGAUUCGAGCACGGAAUUGUUGCCUACAACUACGAUACUGAUCAUGCCCAGUACUCAAGACUGGUGCAAAUGCUGAGGCUCCAUCUCUGGGAGGCAUCAUGUGCGAGUACUACCUGCCCAGGAGCGAUGCAAGAUGGCGCUACCCGCCUCCUUCAGCGACAUCUUCACAAGGGCUCUACCCUCGACCCAACUCUCCGUAGAGUCCUCCAGAACGCCUAUGAUCGCCUCACAUCCCGCGAUCCCACUCGCGCCUGGACCAGCGGACAGUGGAUGACCGAACGACCCGGGGGUAGCGAUGUCUCCCAGACCGAGACAGUCGCCACCCACGCGCCCUUCCCGGCUGGUCAACCCGCGCCUCUCGCAUCGCCAGAGGAGGGCAUCCCUCUUGGGCCGUGGGAGAUCAACGGCUUCAAAUGGUUCUCGUCGGCCACCGAUUCCGGUAUGACCAUCCUCCUCGCACGAACCGCCAAGGGUGGUCUCAGCGCCUUCUACGCGCCGAUGCGACGGCACAACCCUUCUCUCGUAUCCUUGACGGGCGCUAGGACAGGAGGGCAAGAGCUCAACGGCGUGCGCAUCCAGCGUCUCAAGGACAAGUCCGGCACCAAGGCUGUCCCGACCGCCGAGCUCGAGCUUUCCGGCAUGCGGGGCUGGCUCAUCGGCGAGGAAGGCAAGGGAAUCCAAGAGAUCAGCACCAUUCUCACGGUCACACGCGUCCACUGCUCCGUCCACGUCAUGGGUAAUAUCGGGCGCGGUCUGGCCAUCGCCAAGGCGUACGCACUCGUCCGUGAAGUCGGCUCUGGUAAGGGCAAGCGGCUGCGUCUCUGCCGGAGCCCGCUCCAUAUGCGCACCCUUGCCGACAUGACGCUCGACUACCAUGCCAUGAUGCUCUUAACCUUCUUCACCAUCUCCGUCAUGGGACUGGAUGAGAGUGCCAGCAUCGGAAGAGAACGCGCCACUCCGGCUCGCUCGGGUCUGACACCACCGCCGGAGCUAGUAAGCCCACUACUGCGUGUCCUGAGUUCCCUGCACAAGGGAUAUUGCUGUAAGCAAGGUAUCCCCUUGCUGUAUGCGUGCAUGGAAAGCCUCGGUGGAGUGGGGUAUUUGAACAAUUCGGAAACAGAGCCAUUGAACGUUGCCAGGUUGUUCCGCGAUGCGUCAGUCAAUGCUACGUGGGAAGGUACGACGGAUGUGCUGAGCACAGAUACCCUGCGGGCCUUGAAACACCCUGCCUCUGGGAAGAAGUGCAUCAUGGCCCUGGACUGGCUCGUUUCCAGUGCGCUGGCGAAGAACGACGGCGCAGCUGAGAGAGAGAUACGGCGGUCCUGGGCUGAAGUGAGAGAGAGGCUUCAGACUGAGACUCAGGAUGACCUGUUGCCGGAAGCAAGAGAUAUUAUGUUCAAGAUUGCGGAGGUUUUGAUGGCGACGCUGCUGAUCGUGGAUGCGCGGAGCGACGGUAGCAAGGAACUCGGUAUCAUGUGUCGGCGCUUUAUGGUGAAGAAGGGCUUGACGGCAGGCAAGUACGCCGCACUUAAGGGCGAAGACGGCUUGGAUCUGGAUACCAGGAUCGUGUAUGGUCCGAGAGGACUUCCCAAGGAAAGUGAUGUGAAGUUGUAG